AAAAAAAAAAAAAAAAAAACAAACAACAACAACAACAACAAAGGGACCUAUAGAAAAGGCAAGAUGCCCAAGAAUCCUGCUAAUGUGCGCCAAAAUAACCCAUCCACGCAUGCUAAUGUGCGCCGGGAGGAGAGCACUCUGAACAGUGAUACCACAGAAGCAAUAUCUGCUUCAAGUUCUAAAACCAACACCAACCCCACCACCUCCGCCGCAACCGCCACCUCUCCGAUAUCAGAAACGGAAGGGUCUUCUAGUCAAUCCGGAUCGUCCAGCUCUUCUGCCACUCCCAAGAAAUAUCGUGGGGCUCGGAGUCGAAGCGGCAAAUGGGUAUCAGAGAUACGCCAGCCACGUAAAACCACGCGCAUUUGGCUCGGCACGUACCCGACCCGGGAGAUGGCGGCGGCGGCCUACGACGUGGCGGCUUUGGCUUUGAAAGGGCCCAGCACGGUGUUAAACUUCCCGAAUUUGAUUCUCUGGUAUCCGAUACCGGCUUCGUUGGCUCCGAGUGACAUAAGAGCCGCGGCGGCCUCUGCGGCUGAGGCGAUGUUGCAGAGAUCGUCGGAUGGUAGUAGUGGUAGUGGUAGUAGUAGUUCAACUGGUCACGAUACGGCACAUCGUAAAAGAACAGAGGAAGAGUACGUUGACGAAGAAGAGUUAUUGAAUAUGCCGAAUUUGCUGGUGGAAAUGGCAGAAGGGAUGCUUUUAAGUCCUCCUAGGAUUCAGUCAAAGUCGUCCUCGGAUGAAUCUGGCGGUGAUGGAAAUGGAGAUGGAGAUGGGUUAUGGAGUUACGCAUAUUAAACUAAACCCUAUGGUGGUUGAAAAAAUCUUUGUAUUUCGUAUCGUAUGUGUGUGUGUGUGUGUUUGUUCUGUUUUGUUUUUUGUUUUUUUUUUUUUUGUUUUGUUUUGUUAUGCUCUGCCUUGUUCUUUGUUCUUGUUCUUGUUCUUGUUCUUUUUAAACUAGCUAUUGGAUGAGCUCCCUCCAUGUGCUGGGUUUGUAAAGUUUAACUAAAAAGGCUAGAAGAAUUAGAUGCUUGUUGUGCUAACUAUGAUUUUCAUCGUGCUAGUUGCGUUGUGUAUACUUUUCUAUUAUAUGUAAGGUACUUCGUUGAUUC